CGCUUGGUGCUUCACACUGACAAGAAGGGAAUGAUGCUUCGCUGGGUCACGUUGGCUCUGCUCGUUGGCGUCUGUGCCGGUGCAGGGGAACAAAAGAAGAAAGUGAAGGCUCCGUCCCUGGCAAACGGGUGGGGGAAUAAUAUUAAAUGGGUGAAAACGUAUGAGGAGGGCCUAUCAGAAAUGAAAAAAAGUCAGAAACCCCUGAUGGUUAUUCAUCAUCUCGACAACUGCCCACACAGCAAAGCACUGAAGAAGGCGUUUGUUGCUGAUAAGUCCAUCCAGAAAAUGGCCAAAGAAGACUUCAUCAUGGUCAACUUGAUGGAAGAGACUCCAGACAAGAAUAUGGCACCUGAUGGGUAUUAUGUUCCCAGAAUCCUCUUUGUUGAUCCAUCUAUGACCGUACGGACAAACAUCAUAGGAAAGCACAGCAACCACCUGUACACCUACCUGCCGGAAGAUAUGGAGCACCGUAAGUGA